AGUCAAAUUCUGUGACCUUUCUGCACAAGGCCGCCUUGGAGCUGAGUACAUGACUCACAGAUCUUGAUUAUGCGAUCUAGUGGUUAUUCUGGUGAAUCCUUGCUUACAACCAUGGCUGAAAGUCACGAUUUCAUAUUCGUCAACUAUAACCAACCUAAUCCCCGACCAACGCAGAGACAGCGCCAGACAGUCUCGGCCUUUAUUGGGAAGCAUUUUCGGAAUCGUUCUGCGCCUGCACGGCGAGCACAACUGCCUGCCCAGGAUGAUAAGACGCCAUUACCCCUUUUAGCAAGGAAGAGUAGUCCGCAGGUGCUCGUAGCCCUCAACGGGCGAUCCAGAUGGCCUCCACUAACAGAAGGGGGCAGCAGACUACCCCACCUUGAAGAGACAGACGCUGUAUUAGAAGACUUGGCCACUUUAGAGCCACGUGCUAAUAAGGAUGAUGAAACUCUACUGAUCCGGCCAGUGGUAGAAUGCUACGUCCCAGCCUACCCACCUGAACAUCGACAAAAGGUUGUUCAUAUUCUUGAUUUUGUUAUCCACUGGCUCAUCGAGCGCGCAACAAACUGGGGACAGGGUCCUACCCCCUCAAUGCGCUCCUGGGUGCAGGUCAUUUGUAGCGAAACAACCCUCUUCGAUGCAGUAGCCGCCUUUUCAUACGGCAUCAGGGCCACAACGCUAGAAGAUAAAGAAACACCCAGCCCCGCGAUAUUAUGGCACAAGGCCAGGGCAUUAAGGGGUCUGCAAGCCAAAAUCUCCACAGAGGCGCCGGACAAACUGGCGACAUGGACUGCGAAUGAAACUAUCCUGGUGACCUUUUAUCUUAUGGAGGGGGCGGCGAGGUUUGGGUAUGAGGCGGAGUUUAGGGCUCAUUGUCUGGGUCUUUUGCAGAUGGUGCAUUUGAGAGCCAAAGCGCAGACGCAGGCGCAGGCGCAAUGUGCAAGUACCCGUCUGGACGCGAGUUCAACUACAGCUUCUCUGGAAGACCUGCAUGUCAUGCAAGCGGUUGGGCUGGUAGAGGGGACCGAAAUCGCAUCGCAGCUCAGACAUGAAAUUGCCCUCUACGGCUACCAGUCCUCCUCCGUCCCCUCAAGCAUCAACAUGGAGGCAUUGGACCUGCGAUACCCGGUACCCGGCAAGCAAACCAACCCAGAAAUCCAAUCCCUAAUCGACAACUUACCCCUGGGCUUCCGCGACCUAGCAGAAACAGGAAACAUGAGCGUCCAAGUUCUCCUCCUCCUAAAGGAACAGCUCCGCCUCCAACACUACCACGACAUGGCAGAAUUCGCGGAACGACAGACGGAGUGGAUAAAGCACGCUCGCGCUUUGGCGAAUUGGUCCAAUAACCCCGUGGAAGAGCUGGCUUGCCUAGGCAUGGUCGCAUUCUUAUCAUGGGGUACGGCCCAGUUGAAAUUCUUCCCAGAAGCAUCGCUAUUACAUAGGGUGAAGAGCCUGGGCAGGCAGGCACAGUUAUUUGAUAAUGCGGGGUUGUUUAUCUGCUGUCGCAAACUACGGGCUUGGGUUGUUCUUGCAACGGCUGAGAAUGCGAUUACAGGGGGUGCGACGUUGAAGAGGCAUGCUAAUGGCUUAAUGAGGGAGUUUCUGUCCGAGGAGCCUUUGAUUGAUAAUGAUUGGGGUAAUAUAGAAGACCUGGUUAAACGAUUCUUAUGGAAUCGGAAGACUUUGGCUGCUUGGAAAAGGUACUGGAUGAGCUACUAUCAAGACGCGAGGGAGGCUUAAUCGACGCUCAAGACACGGAAGCAUGCGAUGUUCCGUAGUGGGACUCGUUAUUAAAUGGAGUACUAUACGCUUGACAUGGCCCUACAACAUAAGCCCCGCUAGGCCAUCAAGUCUUCUUAAAAUAACCACUUUAAACUUACAG